ACAUGAUCAGCUGAUGACUGCUUCCCCUCUGAUGGAUGCAGGAUUUCCAGCCUUCGCCGCUUCGACGGGCUCACAGCAAUCCAUUUCUCUCCAAAAUACGACAAGCCGACAGAAAAUAACAAAGCAGUAGCUUUAGGUUCAGUCGAGGAGGAACCUUUAGAUAGCAAAUCUGGCGCUGCUGUUGGAGUUGAUGAUGAACGGGCACGCGAUUUUAUACACCGGGGUCACUUUGGCCUUCUGGUCGACUAUGGUGAUCGUCGGUAUUUGCUAUACAAUUUUUGACCUUGGAUUUCGAUUUGAUGUAGCAUGGUUUUUAACGGAGACUUCUCCAUUUAUGUGGGCUAAUCUUGGAAUUGGCCUGGCCAUUUCUCUGUCUGUUGUUGGAGCUGCAUGGGGGAUUUACAUCACUGGGUCCAGCAUCAUUGGUGGUGGAGUCAAAGCUCCAAGAAUCAAGACCAAAAAUCUUGUCAGUAUUAUCUUUUGUGAAGCUGUUGCCAUUUAUGGGAUCAUCAUGGCAAUUGUCAUUAGCAAUUUGGCAGAGAACUUCAGUGGCACGACUCCAGAGACUAUUGGGUCAAAGAACUACCAAGCGGGCUACUCCAUGUUCGGUGCUGGACUCACGGUUGGCUUUUCAAACCUCUUCUGUGGCAUCUGUGUUGGCAUUGUGGGCAGUGGUGCUGCCCUGGCGGAUGCUCAGAAUGCCAACCUCUUUGUCAGGAUCCUUAUUGUUGAAAUUUUCGGCAGUGCCAUUGGACUGUUUGGAGUGAUUGUAGCCAUUUUGCAGACAUCGAAAGUAAAAAUGGGAAAUUAGACGACUACACAACCUACAGAUCAAAGAUGCUGUGUUGCUGUUGCAAACCGGAGGUGUAAAUACAUAGUAAAUUAUUUAAAUGUAUUUUCCUUUGUGUCUGUUUUUAACCAUCAUUUUCUGAAGAUUGAAAUAUUGUAUGUGCACCAAUUUGUCUUAAACGAGUGCAUGAUGCCGUUUGUUCACUUAGGUUGACAUCUCUCAGUUCUGUAUGAAAUGAAAAUAUCACUCAAUGUUUUUGCCCAUACGAUCUCAUAACAUAGAAUCCCAACAUGAGGAUUGUUCUGUUUGAAAACGAGAGGUAUUAUAUUUAUUAAAAUAGCCUAAUAACAUAUAUGAUGAUCUUGCAUAUGGGGAAAGAACCAACUUGGCCCGAUGUUGAGGUCCGUUUUGACAUAAAUAGGGUGUUAUGUUUGUAAUCAUCUCAAAUUCCAAUAUAUAGUUGGCUGUGAUUGUUCUGUACAGUACAAGAAAAGUGAUUUCAAUUGCAUUGGUGUGGUUCUUUGCAUUGGAUGGCCGUAAAUCGUGAAGUAUUCUCUUGGUCGCCGUAUGCAAGGGUAUUCUUGUGUUUGCGUGAUGAGCUGAUCUGAUCUCACUCUCAUGUGUUGUGUUCCUUUCAUGUAGCUGCUGUAUUUAAGCAAAAAUUUCUUUUAGGAAAAAAAGUUGUACCAAAAUAAUAAUGGUAAAAAUGAAUCUCCCAAGUUUAUUUCUGCCAGCGUAGAGCCUCACUUUGUAGAUCUCUUCAGUUCUGGUUGGUUAAAAAUCAAAGGAUAUAUUAAUCUGAUGUGUGUACAUAUUAAAAAGAAAUCUGCUAUUUUGUGAAGCAUGAGGUUGUUUGCCAUUCCGUCUUUUCCUAGUUGUCUUGUGUUUUAUUUUUGUUGUUUGUUUGUUUACUUUUUUUGUAUUCUUUUUCUUUCUUUCUUGAAACAAGAAGUGGUCUUUAUCCCCCAGGUUACUGUAUGAAGUCUCAGCUUUAUGAACAAUAUGUACUAUUCUCUUUUUACUAUUUGUGGUGCGUCAGGUAUUUCUGAAUAGGCUGUCAUGACCUCAAAACUUCACCAUUGGUUCCUUUUAAAUUUUCUAUUUUUAAAAGCUUUAAUGUUAAUUUAAUAUAAAUAAAUAAAUGAGUGCAGUUUUUCCAUUA